UGGAGUGAACACCGAGACUGAAUCCGAGAAGCCCAGCCCGUUUUCCAAUCCACGAAAACACAGUGCUAGUACCUCCCUAAUAGUUCCCAGUGCCACAAUGUGCCGACUGUACUUUUUCUUCAAUCUCAUCUGCCUCUAUCUGGCCAUCAAGAACGCGCUCAGUGUCGAGCUGGAAGCGAAUGAUCAAAAGUUUUCCGACUUCCGGAACCACGAGGGACACGAUGGUGCGGCCGACAGUUCGCUGCUAGCGCUGGACGGCGGUGGGCAGCACCGUGAGGACGAUGCCGGUGUGGAAGGGAACGGAGUAAGCAAACGGGCCGCGGCCAUGUGGUUUGGACCGCGCCUUGGCAAACGGACACUGCCGGCCGAUCUGCACGAUGAGCUGGUGGAAGAGUUCGACAGUGAACCGCUGGCGUACGUCGGUGAGACGCCCCAGAAGUUGGCCAGCGACCUUGUCCAGGGUACACCGUACGUUGUAAUGCUGCUGACCGCCAAAGCACCACGAAAACCGCAGCCCCUGUUCUACCAUACGGCAGCACCGCGUCUUGGACGGCGCGAUUCCGUCGGUGAGAACCAUCAGCGGCCACCUUUCGCACCCCGAUUGGGCCGGAAUUUGCCGUUUUCGCCACGAUUGGGACGUUCGUACAAUGCCGGUAGCUAUCCGGCUCUUCCGAUGACGUUCGCCUACUAGAUGGUAGCAGUAGUGGUGUGCUCCGUGCGAUCGAGCUUAUUGGAGUUGAAAGAAACGAGAGUUCACGAGACGACGAACGCUCAGAACCCGUGAAAUGGCUGGAAUUCAAUAAGCUCGGCUGCACGAAAACAGACAACUCGCCCCCCUUAAACUGAUCUCACCCUUAGCCUCAGAGCAAGCUCGAACGCGAUCUGCCCCGCAUGAUCCCCGCUAUGUACUUGAAUAAAAUGAA